UCUAAGCUCAUUGCAAACUAUCUUGAAUUCAUUCUCAACAUGUCAAUGCUUCAUUCCUUCUUCAACAAAGCCUUUAAAGCCUCCAAAUGUGCAACCUUGUUGAAACUCACAAUUCCACGUAUAAAGUUGCUGAGAAACAGAAGAGAGGUUCAGCUGAAGCAUAUGCGACACAACAUUGCUAAGCUACUUGAGGCUGGUCAAGAAGCCACGGCACAUGUUAAGGUGGAGCAUGUUAUGAGAGAGGAGAACAUGAUGGCUGCUCAUGACAUCAUUCAACUCUUUUGUGAACUUAUUCUCUUACGCCUUCCGAUAGUUCAAUCACAAAGGGAAUGUCCCCAUGAUUUGAAGGAAGCAAUGUCUAGUAUAUGUUUUGCUGCACCAAGAUGUGCUGAUCUGCCAGAGUUGAUGCAGGUUCAGUUGCUAUUUGCUACCAAAUAUGGAAAGGAAUUUGUAUCUUCAGCAACAGAACUAACCCCUGACUGUGGUGUUAAUCGCCAGUUAAUAGAGCUGCUGUCAGUUCAAACUCCUUCAGCAGAAAAGAAAAUGAAGCUUCUAAAAGAAGUUGCUGCUGAGCAUAAGUUAGACUGGGAUCCAACUGCUUCAGAAACUGAGUUCUUUAAAAAUCAUGAUGACUUACUGAAUGGCCCCACUCAGUUUUCAAGUGAGUCAAAUUUGCCGCUUCAUAAAGAACAUCCUAAGGUAUCAGUAUGGCCAAGUACAAAUGUUGCCACAGCUUCAGAAGUGAUUACACUUUCUCCGGCUAUUCUACCCCAUGAACUUGAUCUUCACCCAUCAAGCCAUUCUGGAUCACUUGGAUCAAUUGUAAACAAAGAUAAACCUCACACUUCAUUUGGUAAAAAGGAAAGUAAAAAGUCUGUGCCAUUCCUCUCACGUCCAUCAAUAUCAUGUGAAUUGUAUUCUGAAAGAUGUGGUGACUCAUCUCCCCCCUUAUCAGAGACAAGAACUGAAGCCAAUGUAGACUUGCAGGAUGUGUUGGCUGCUGCUCAUGCUGCAGCUGAAACUGCCGAACAUGCAGCAGCUGCAGCUCGGUCAGCAGCUAGUCUUGCUGAAGCCCGUAUUAGUAAGCUAACAAAGAAAAAUAAUGAUGUAACAGAUAGCAGCUUUGAGAAUCCAUUCUAUGAAGGUGUUGCUAAUAAGUCUAAAACAGAAAGGGAAAGACAUUUCACUGAGCAAAAUACUAAAGAUGACUCUGAUGGUGGUGGCACAAAUGAUGUGAAAGUGGAACUUCAUCAUGCCUCCCCAUGUUUUCAUUCAUCUAGUUUCCCUUCAUUUGACACAAUCAAUGAAGAUUUUGGUCCUUCCCUACUUAGUCAUCCUGAACUGGAUGACAAAUCCCCUUGUCAACAGCCUAAGAGUAAGAGAUUACCUUCAAUGAAUGAUGAAUCAAGUUUCUCAUACUGCAACUUAUUCACCUCACAAGACUCAAAUAUUGGAUUUCAUACAUUCAGAUAA